GACCAGCUCUUCCACCCUGAAUAUGACCACCUGGCUCCUCGUCGGUAGUUGUGAAAGCUGCGACCACACCCAGCUAGUGAACUGACCUACUCGGUCUUCAACUGAACCGAGAAUUCGCUACGGUCUGAUUGCAUCUAGUAAACAAGUAAUGAAGGAUGCUAAAACUCGAGACCGACUGGCACGCCAGCUGGGAAUCAUAUGUUUUGAGAUGGAGGCUGCCGGACUGAUGGAUCACUUUCCAUGUCUCGUCAUCCGGGGUAUCAGCAACUAUGCGGAAUUUCACAAGAACGAUCAGUGGCACGGCUAUGCCACAGCAACGGCAGCAGCAUAUGCAAAAGAGCUCCUCUCCGUUGUGCCUCCUGUCGAAGUUGUGGAAACGGAUCCUGCCGAUGUACGAUCGACAGCUGCGAGUGAAUCAAGCCUCAUGAGUCCUGACAGGUCGGUCUAUUCUGGGACAUUCUUCUCCGGCGGCGGACCGAUGUUUUUGGGAAAUCAAAAUGCCGGGAGGGAUAUAAAUAUCAGGACGAGUUCCCAUAGUUGUGACUCUACCUUUUGAUGUUAUAUUUUGUUAUAAAACUGCAGCCUCAGCCUGACGGGUUUCAGGUAGUAGUCAGGCUCCACGCCUACC